AUGGAUUUCCGGCCACCAGGCGAGCCGCCUCCACGCGUCCGCCAUCGCCGUCAUGCCAGCUUGAGCCGGGUGACACUCGGCCCCGCGACCCUCGAGGAGCUCCGUGCAAGGGAGGACCUCGAGCGUCGCGCCACUCGCAUGCUGGGCGAGUGGCUGCGUGUACGAGUACCCACGCUGGCGACCCCUGCAGUCUCCACCGUGCCAGCGACCGCACCGGCAGCCCCAACAGCAACCACGGCGCCAGCCGAGAACGACCCCUGCGUGCAGGGAACACACGUGGAGGUCCCGCUCCCCCUUUCGGACGACGAGGAAAUGGAUCAGUCCAUCUCUCGGAAACGCGCCCGAGAGAAUGAGAGCGAGGAUGACGAACCAGCCGCGCCACGUAAACAGCAGCAGCCGUGCGCUCCCCCCUGCUCGGGAGAGCCGUCAGCGGACGAAGACCACGGCAGCGCCAUCUCCCGACACUCCGGGGAAACACCCAGCACCCCCUCCCUUCAGGACGCGCAAGACGGAGCCGCGCCCGAGCCAGCGGGAAGCGAGCGGACCUCACCACCUGCGGAAAGCUCGAGCGCCAUCUCUCGGCACCCCGCCGAGCCGACCGCCGCCUCCUUCGAGCCCCCUCCGAGCGAGGGCGCGCCCGACUCCUCCCUCGGAGCGUCGUCUGCUCCGGAGGGCAGCGCGCGCCCGGCAGCGUCGUCUGCUAGCGAGCCGGCUGGGAACGAAAGCGCCACCGACGCUAUGGAGCUGGCGGACGAAGCUGAUGCCUCACGGCAGAAGCGCGAGCACCCGGCGGCGCAAUUUCUCAAGGGCCCGCCACGCCAGCCUGCCUCGCGGCCGAAGGCCAAGGGGAAGAAGCAGCAGCGCAAGCACAGGAAAGCACCUGCUGCUGUAACACGUUCGCCAGCUGCUCCUGCGGGCGACUCCCUGCGCUCACCGGCCACUCCCAACAUGCCUGUGGCGGCACUGCAGAGUACGACGCCACCUGCCCGCGAGCUGAAUGCAGACGGCUUCACCUUGGUGCGGUCGAAGGGCGAUCGGCGGCGUGCCAAGGCACUCGAGACUGCAGCGAUCCCAGUGGACCCUGCAGUCAUCGGUACGGUGCUUUUCCGUCCCUCGGCGCCCGGCGGAGCCUUCAAGGGAGCUCCACGCCUCGAACUCGCGGCGACCCUCUCGUCGCGGGCUGGUGUUGCUGCGGUGCGCGUCAACCACAGGCGCAACAUCGUGGCCGCGGACACCACCACCCGAGAGUGCCAGGAGGAGCUGCUGGCGAUUACCGAGCUUCGCGGAAUCUCGGUGACUGCCAGACUGCCGGCCGUGCGCGGCCAGAGCACCGGGUACCUACACGGGGUGGACGGAUUGCCUGCGGAUGCUGACCUGCUUGGAGCCAUCGUCUCGAGCGUUCCUGUGCUGUCGGCGACGCGCGACGGGAGCACCGUGACCAUCCGGUUCGCGGGGCCGGUCCCCCCAGAACGCCUGAGCCUUUUCAAGCUUGGCUUCAGGGUGAGGCCGGCCAGGCCCCGCCCGGUGCAGUGCCGCCAGUGCGGCCGCUUCGGGCACGUGCUGGAAUCCUGCAGCUGGCCGUCCGACUGUAUUUCCUGCGGCAGGAGCCAUGAGAAGGGCGCCUCCUGCCAGACGGUUCGCUGCAGGAACUGCGGCGGCCCCCACAGGGCCGACACUCCCGCCUGCCCCAAAUGGCAAGAGGAACGCCAGGUGGCCACCAUUAUGGCCUCGUCCACAGCAGCACUGUCGAGGCGUGCCGUCAGGGCAGCGGUCCGGGAGGAGCAGCAGCCAACAACCUCGUCGCGGUCGUAUGCGAGCGCGCUGAAGGGCCCCAGUCCCGCUCCCAAGUGUCCAGUACCAGCCCCUCGAGCCCCCCGCCGCCAGGAGACACAGAAUCCUGCCCCCCCUGGCCAGACUACAGUGGAUCAGCUGGUGGCCAACCUGCUGGUCACCAUGCAGGCAGUCGGCGCCAUGCUACCAGCUGACCACCCACUCCGGACCAUCUGCCUGCAGGCAGUGGCUCUACAACAGCAGCCGAACCAACAUGGCUAG